AUGCCAGCCAAAAGACUUCCUCUUUCGUCUCCCACCAAGCACCGUAUUAACGAUGAAGUAAUGCUUGAGAUUUGCUCCUUCUCUGGCCACAAGAUCUACCCUUCCAAGGGUAAGACUUACGUCCGCAUUGACAGCAGAAGCUUCCGUUUCAUCAACGGCAAGUCCGAGUCCUACUUCCUCCAGCGUCUUAACCCCCGCAAGAUCAAGUGGACUGUCAUCUACCGCCGUUUGAACAAGAAGGGUAUCACUGAGGAGAUCGCCAAGAAGCGUUCCCGUCGUACUGUUAAGCACGAGCGUGCUGUCGCUGGUGUCUCCUGGGAUGCUAUCCGCGCCAAGCGUAACCAGAAGCCCGAUGCCCGUGCUGCUGCUCGUCAGGCCGCCAUUGCCAAGUCCAAGGAGGCCAAGAAGGCUGCUGCUGCCACCAAAAAGACCACCACUGGCUCUGCCGCUCAGGGUGCCAAGGUCUCUAAGCAGGGUGCCAAGGGUUUCGCUCCCAAGGCUGCUGCCACUUCUCGUUAA